AUGACAACUGACCAUCAGGAUGGAAAACAGGGUCUAGAAAUUAACAUCUUCCCUCAGUUUAAGUGGGAAACCAGAGAGCUAGCACGGAGAACGCCGGUGGCAAGAGAGGAGGAGGCAAGACCUCUCGGCUGUCCGGCCUGGCCUGGGCCCCGGCACAGGGUACGGCAGAACUCCAGUCGCCCGCGGGAACCUGUGUGGUCUGCGGACGCGCGGUUCAGCCAGUCCGGGAGCGCGCGGAGCUUCGAGAUUGGAAACUCGAGCGCAAGAGGAGGGAGCGAGGGAGCUGAGUGGAGCCCGCCAACCUGCGGAGCAGAGCGGAGCACUGCGGAUCCUCCCGGCCAGCACCCGGAGGGUUCUGCAUCAAAAACUGCAACCUCUUCAGGCAGGAAUAUAUCCAAGCCUGACUCCUCCAGUCUGAGGAAAACACCUGGUCCAAAAGCUAAAGUGGGACCUGCUGUUUCCUGUCUGAGGCGAAAUAGUGACAGUAGAAAUCUCAAUUCUGAUCUAACCUUUUCUCCUCAGAGGAUCAGGCGUGUGUCCAGUUCUGGAAAACCUGCAUCCUUGAAAACUGCACAGGCUUCUUGGGUGAAUUUGCCGAGACCGCUUCCUAAAUCCAAAGCAUCUUUGAAAAAUUCUGUGCUCCGGAGGACUGGAAGCACCUCCUCCAUUGCCAGCACCCACAGCGAUCUGAGUGCCUACAGCAAUAACUCUGGCAGUGCCACUGUCAUCAAGCAUGAGGAAAAAACUCCAAAACCAGCGUUUCAAAAUGGUCCAUCAGGAUCCUUAUAUUUGAAGCCUUUGUUACCCAGAGCUCAUGUACACUUACUAAAGACUCCUCCAAAGGGUCCUUCAAGAAAAAAUGUAUUUACAGCUUUUAAUGCAGUUGAAAAGGGCAGGCAGAAGAAUCCCAGAAGCUCAUGCAUUCAAUCCCAGACAUCUCCAGAUGUGCUGUCCCCUGAAAAAACACUCGAAUUGGCUCAGUAUAAAACGAAAUGUGAAAACCAAAGUGGAUUUAUCCUGCAGCUCAAGCAGCUUCUCUCCUGUGGUAAUACCAAGUUGGAAGCAUUAACAGUUGUGAUUCAGCAUCUGCUGUCUGAGCCGGAGGAAGCAGUGAAACAACACAAAACCCUAUCUCAAGAACUUGUUAACCUCCGGGGAGAGCUAGUCACUGCUUCAACCACCUGUGAGAAAUUAGAAAAAGCCCGGAAUGAGUUGCAGAUAGCAUAUGAAGGAUUCGUCCAGAAGCUAAACCAGCAACACCAGACAGAUAUAACGGAGCUAGAGAAUCGGCUUAAAGAAUUUUAUACUGGGGAAUGUGAAAAGCUUCAGAACAUUUAUAUUGAAGAAGCAGAGAAGUAUAAAACUCAAUUGCAAGAGCAGUUUGACAACUUAAAUGCUACCCAUGAAACCUCCAAGUUGGAAAUUGAAGCUAGCCACUUCGAGAAAGUAGAAUUGCUAAAGAAGACAUAUGAAACCUCCCUUUCAGAAAUCAAGAAAAGCCAUGAAAUGGAAAAGAAGUCACUUGAGGAUUUGCUUUAUGAGAAACAAGAAUCACUAGAGAAACAAAUCAAUGAUCUGAAGAGUGAAAACGAUGCUUUAAAUGAAAAGUUGAAAUCAGAAGAACAAAAAAGAAUAUCAAGAGAGAAAUCAAUUUUAAAAAAUCCUCAGAUCAUGUACCUAGAGCAGGAACUAGAAAGCCUGAAAGCUGUGUUAGAGAUCAAGAAUGAGAAACUGCAUCAACAGGACAUCAAGCUCAUGAAAAUGGAGAAACUGGUGGACAACAACACAGCACUGGUUGAUAAACUGAAGCGAUUCCAGCAGGAGAAUGAGGAAUUAAAAGCCCGGAUGGACAAGCACAUGGCAAUUUCAAGGCAACUUUCCAUAGAGCAGGCUGUUCUGCAAGAAUCAUUGGAGAAGGAGUUGAAAGUCAACAAGCGGCUCUCCAUGGAGAACGAGGAGCUGCUGUGGAAGCUGCACAACGGGGACUUGUGCAGCCCCAAGAGAUCCCCCACGUCCUCAGCUAUCCCUAUUCAGUCGCCAAGGAAUUCUGGCUCCUUCCCCAGCCCCAGCGUUUCACCCAGAUGACGCUUUCUGAAAGCCGAGAGACUAUCUGGAAGCAUUUGGAUACAGGUCUGCGGGACUGACCCUAACGAUCCUGGCAGCAGGAGCUACAUUACCUUACGUGUCAUUGUUGCAGUAUAACUGGAAAGUAAUCACCACCAGAAAUGGCUGCUUCUAAGACUGGAACUCGGGAGUCAGACUUUUGACCUAAUCCAAAAGACUCCUCCAAAAAAGAUUUCGGAAUUGAUGAUCUGCGUGGACGCCGUUGCACAACGCACUUAAAGAACGAGAGAAUCUUGUUCAUUGCCUUUUUCACCUAAGCAUAAGGGGAAAAACUCUCAGGGGCCUAUUAUGAUAAAGAUUUAUAACCUUUAUAAUGUCCUUCACCACAGACACCUUUUUGUGAUUUUUAUUUUGGUCUGACUGGGAUGUGUGAAUGAGAUGGAUGUAACAGUGUCCUUUGUCUGAUGUUGCCUUCCUUCGCUGUGUAUUAAAAGUCAAAAGCUGAA